UCGCCGUGCGCAGCAUGGCAUGCAGGAACGUCAACGUUGAGAGCUAGAUAUCGAGUGUGAAGUCAAGUCUCAAAAAACACACGAACUGUCAAACAUCUGGCUUCUACUGCUUGGUGCUACUCGUGACCUGCUGUAGAUCUGGUGCCAUUAUGAGUUACAGGGGACGCCGCGGCCGAUACAACAACCGCAGAGGAGGCUCCUACCAUGGCAACCGCCGACCUAGAUGGGAAGACGAAGAAGAAGGAGGAGCUAGUGGAUGGGAUGGGAACAGCGGAGGGAGGGGGCGGGGACAAGGAAGAGGGGGAGGAGGAGGAAGGCCCCCUAGUGGCCUUAAGGGUCGGGAUCUCGGCAUGUGGUAUGCGGCACGAAGUCAAGCCAAGAAACGAGAUGACGAAAUUAAAAAUAGAUCAGUUGUUGACAUGAGACCCAGCCAUGAGAAGCACAUCCGUACCUUAUUGGAUGACGUCAAACAUGAAGAUACAGAGGACAAACUGGAAUUCAAAGAUGCAAAAAAGUUGAAUCCACUAGAGGAGAGUUCUCGUUCUUUCUACCGUCAUCCUCUGACUCCGGAUGAAGCAUUAGACUCCAGGCUGCAGCAGCAGCAUGUUUCCAAACAGACUGAUAACGAACGCUACAAGAACAUGCAGACAUUCCGCAAGAAGCUCCCAUCAUAUAAAAUGAGACAGGAGCUUCUUCAGCUGAUACAUGAUAACCAGGUAGUAGUGAUAAGUGGUGAGACUGGGUGUGGUAAGACGACACAAGUCCCUCAAUUCAUCCUAGACCACCACUUGGAGAAUGGGACUGGAUCAAUGUGUCGUGUAAUCUGCACGCAGCCACGCAGGAUAUCUGCUAUAACAGUAGCAGAGAGGGUGGCGUCUGAGAGAGCAGAGCCAUGUGGCAAUGGAAGUAGCACAGGGUACCAGAUUAGACUGGAGGCCAGACUACCAAGACAACAGGGUUGUAUUCUCUACUGUACAAAUGGAAUACUACUCAAGUGGCUGGACUCAGACCCACUUCUGCAAAGUGUGAGCCAUGUGGUCCUUGAUGAGGUGCAUGAGCGAGACAUCAUGUCGGAUUUCCUUCUCGUCAUUCUCAAAGACGUCCUGCCAAAAAGACCGAAACUGAAAAUCAUCCUCAUGAGUGCGACGUUGAAUGCCGAGUUAUUCUCAGAGUAUUUUGGCGGCUGUCCGAUGACCAACAUCCCUGGCUUUACGUUCCCUGUGGUUGAGUUCUGGCUGGAAGACGUACUCACCAUGACUAGGUACCAGCCACAAGAGAAACGAGAUCGACGCGAGCCCAAGUGGGUGAAGUUCAAACGCGGAAAACGAUACCGUCAAGAAGAAUUGAAGAAAGAGGAAGAGUUUCAGGAGAAGUUCAGCGAGUAUAUCAAGGAGAUAAGACCGAGUUACCCUGACGAGGUUGUUUAUUACCUUGAGAACAUGGACCAUGAAGCGAUGGACUUGGAACUUGUGUCUUCACUCGUCAGGUUUAUCAGUCUCAAUAAACCGGACGGAGCUGUGUUGGUAUUCUUACCAGGAUGGGAGCAGAUCUCCAAGUUGAAUGACCUUUUGACCCAGCAGCAGAUGUUUAAGAGUGAUAGAUUCCGCAUCAUCCCACUACACUCUAUGAUGCCGACCGCUAGCCAAAGACAGGUGUUUGAGCGACCUCCAGCGGGCGUGCGUAAGAUCAUCAUCGCAACCAACAUAGCGGAGACGAGCAUCACCAUCGAGGACGUCGUGUACGUGGUCGACCUCGGCAGGGUCAAGGAGAGAAACUUUGACGUGGCAAACAACCUGAGCACACUGAAACCAGAAUGGGUUAGCACGGCAGCGGCUCACCAGAGAAGGGGUAGAGCUGGAAGAGUCCAACCCGGUGAAUGUUACCACCUGUACAGUCAGUUGCAGUCCUCCUUGCUGAUAGACUAUCAGUUGCCGGAGAUGUUAAGAACACCAUUGGAUGAACUCUGUCUACAAAUCAAGUCCUUGAAGCUUGGACGGGUUCAUGACUUCAUACAGAAGGCCCUUCAGCAUCCAGACCCACGUGCAGUAAACCUAGCCUUGGAGAGCCUCACCAGAAUGAAUGCCCUAGAUGAGAACGAGCAACUCACCCCUCUCGGUUACCACCUUGCCCGGCUCCCUGUAGCGCCCUCUAUCGGCAGGAUGAUUCUAUUCGGUGCGAUGUUCUGCUGUCUGGACCCCGUAUUGACCAUCGCAGCUAGCCUGAGCUUCAAAGACCCGUUUGUCAUUCCAUUGGGCAAAGAGAAAAUGGCUGACGCUCGGAGGAAGCUACUAUCUGAAGAAACAUUCAGUGACCAUCUAAUGCUGGUCAAUGCAUUCGACGGCUGGGAAGAUGCGAGAGAGCAUGGUCGCCAAGCAGAGAAUGAUUUCUGCUGGAGAAACUUCAUGGCGGCUACAACAUUAAAGAUGCUUGAUAACAUGAAGACACAGUUCUGUGAGCUGCUGGCAUCGCUUGGUUUUGUUCAACACAAGUCCUGCAAGCAGCCUGCUGCAAAUAGGAACUCAGGGAAUCGGGAGCUGAUCAAAGCCGUCCUAUGCUCUGGGCUGUACCCAAAUGUGGCUCAGGUCAGGGGGAACUCAUUCAACAGACGAGCCGGAAAACACAGGCCAGCCAAGAUUAUGACUCCACAAGACGGCCAAGUGAAGAUCCAUCCCAAGUCAGUCAACUGCGACGAGAGUCAAUUCCCGUCAAACUGGAUCCUCUACCACCUCAAGAUGAAAUCAACCAGUGUAUUCCUACAUGAUACCAGUGCUGUAGAGCCCUACCCCUUGUUGUUUUUCGGCGGGAAGAUCGGAGUCACAACGGAGGACGGCCAUGAAACGAUCACCGUCGAUGAUCACAUCAAGUUCCAUGCACCAGCAACAAUCGCAAAUCUUGUCAAGGAUCUUCGUCAAGAGCUUGACAGACUGCUGAGGCAGAAGAUCAACAAGCCUGGAAUGAUCCAGUGGGGUCAGGAUUGUAAGGAAGGACGCAUUAUGCAGGCUAUCAUCGACCUGAUCACAACAGAAGAAGAGCAUGAUCAAGCUGACUGGUAGACAGGCUAGGGAGUAUGAAAGCAGUGCCAGAGUGACUGGAAGACAAGUUAAGGAUGGAUCAUUAUGAACUCGGUACCAGUCUGAAUGGAAGACAGGCUAGGGAUGGACCGUUAUGGACUCAGUACCAGUGUGACUGGUAGCCCAGGCUAGGGAUGGAUUGUUGUGAACUUGAUCAGUACCAGUAUGACUGGUAGACAGGUUAGGGAUGGAUUGUUAUGAACUCAGUACCAGUGUGACUGGAAUACAGGCUAGGGAUUGACCGUUAUGAACUCAGUGCCAGCCUGACUGGUAGACAGGCUUGGGAUGGAUUGUCAUGCAUUCAGUACCAGAGUGACUGGAAGACAGGCUAGGGAUGGAUUGUUAUGAACUCAGUGCCAUAGUGACUGGAAGACAGGCUAGGGAUGGAUUGUCAUAAAUGAACUCAGUACCAGAGUGACUGGAAGACAGGCUAGGGGUGGAUCGUUAUGAACUCAGUACCAGAGUGACUGAAAGACAGGCUAGGAAUGGAUUGUUAGGAACUCAGUACCAGAGUGACUGGAAGACAGACUAGGGAUUGACCGUUAUGAACUAAGUGCCAUAGUGACUGGAAGACAGGCUAGAGAUUGACCGUUAUGAACUAAGUGCCUUAGUCACUGGAAGAGAGGCUAAGGAUGGAGCGUUAUGAACUCAGUACCAGAGUGACUGGAAGACAGGCUAUAAGAGCGAACCAUUUUAAGCCCAGAGCCAAAAUUUAUUUAGGUGUAUGUAUAUGAGUUUGCUGAUCGCUCAACUGAAGCAGGAUACCAGACAGCAAGUAAUGUGAUAUAUCUAUAUAUUGUCUGGGGCUGCUGGUUCCUGGCUGAUUAUUGUGUUGUGUUUGGCUAGGAUAGGCCUCUUUCCCACAAAAUUUGCCAAAUUUAUGGCCCAUCCCCAAAUAAGGGGAAAAAUAAGAUAGCUUGGUUUAACAAAAUCGAAAAUGCCGUGAUGUGUUGUCUAUCAUUCAGGGUUCGCAUAACUACAUUUUUAUUUGUUCCUACCAUAUCCAUUUCAUGUUUUCCCACUCCCCACCUGUUCUUUUCAAAGCAUUAAUCCAUUGCUCCUCUGUUCGCUAUUAAUGGAUUUUUGUUUGUACCUGUUCGUGUUAUGCCUCUAAAGAAGGUCCAGUUUGGAACGAAAGCUAAGGCCUUCUACCCUACUCAUUAUAUAAAUAUAAAGAUAUAUAAAUUAUUUUGACUUCUUGUUAAACUUUCAAAAGUCAUUCAAUUAACCAAUGCUCCAGAUUAAACAGUAUUGCUUUUAAACCAAACAAAUGCACCAAGUUAAAAAACAUUCCAAGGACCUCUUUUCAAAUCACCGCACUUCGGCCAAAGUUAAAGAAUUGGGUCCACAGUUUUGGAAUCUUGGGAGAACCCUAGUCCUAGAGAAAAAAUCUAUACAUUUAACAGAGAAAACUUGAUGGCUUAAUAUUAAGCCAAGGUCGAAGGUCACCCAGCAAAAAAAUGUACUUUGGUUUAAAAACAUGUGGUUAUUUUCAAUCAUGAAGUUUUAAAAAUAAUAUAUUAAAAAAUAUAUUUUAGACUACAUGGUUCACAAAUAGAGCCAAAUCUCUAAAACAGUAAACGCACAAUUUUACCUGCUAUGUUAUGUUGAUAUGUUAUGUUGUUUUAAUAAAAUAACUUUCAUAUUUGA